AUGUCUACCACAAAUGCCACUAUCGACACUAACACGGGCAACCACCCCGUGGAUCCCUAUAAGACCAAGAACUUUGAAGACCCGCCUCUGGCCCAGAAGAUCGAAGACCUGACCAACUUCAUCUCCGAAGUGAAGUUUGGUAUGUUGACAACGAAGCAGUCAGAGGGCGACUAUCUCGCUUCGCGAUGCAUGGCAUUGGCCGCAAAGGAGAACGGCGGUAUUGACCUCAUCUUCCACACAAACCUUUUCUCUGGCAAAACAAUGGACCUCACUGUGCAUCCACAAGAAACAAACAUGUCCUUCCUCGAUCCCGUGAGCGGAGCCUGGGCCUCCAUCUCAGGCACUGCAUCCGUGAUUGGCGACUCUGCUAUCGUGGAGAAGUAUUAUUCACCCGCACUCAAAGCGUGGAUCGGUGACAUGGGUGAUGGCGUGCACGAUGGUGGACCCACGGAUCCUCGGAUUGGUGUCAUUAAGCUUGAGGCUAAGCUAGCGACACACGUUGUUGCACACAAGGGCAUCCUUGGUCGUGCUGUCGAUACUGUCAAGGGUGCUGUGCAGGGCAACGUCCCUUCUUUCAACGGUAUUCGGGAAUUGAGUUUGCAGGAGUUGGCUGAGUGGCGCCGGACACAUAAGGAAUAA